ACUGCCUUGUACCAUUACGGUUGGCUUUAUUCAUGCGGGCAAAUAUUUGAUUUUACCUUUUUUACAUAGUUUCGGGGAUAAAUUUAUAUUUGAUCUAUAAUAAUGAAGUAUUCUUGAAUUAUCAUACAUUUAAAGUUAGUACCAGCCAUAACAAAGUUUUAUUUUUUGUGAAUGAAGAAUAUUAAAUCCAAGUGAUGAAUAACCAACAAUAAGUUCCUAUUUAACUUGUCGCGUUUAAUAACAUUUCCUAAAACAGUUGGUCUGAAAAUAUAAUGAUACGACGAACAUAUGUUUUAUUAGUGUUAUUUUUCCGUCAUGCAUAUACAAUGUUUGGACUGCGCAAAUAAAAGAAGUCCAUAUGAACUAUUCACAUAAAUACAUCCAUACAACUGCGAUCGAUUGGAUAAGCAAAGCAAAGCGGCUUAUGAGAACAACAACAGCUGCAUUUAACGUUAACUAAAGUGAGACAAAAGACGCCGUGUAUAAAGCUAAACUAUAAAGCUCUACUAGAAACACAUUUAAUAUUUCCAGCAACGGUCUCUUAUUAAGUAUAGGUCAUAACAAUUUUUCUACUUAGCAAAUUGAACUAUUAAAAUUUAAGUUAAAUUGAACGGACUAUAUAUACAUUUAACGCACUAUACGAAUUGAUAUAGCUUUUUGAAACCUACUCAAAACAAAACAGAUUGCACAGCACUAACGAAAGUCUGUGAAUUUCCUGUCAUAAAGUAUAAAACGUUUUAAGGUGAUUAACACAUUAAUGUGUAAUGGUUAACGGUGGCAAACACGCAGAUCUUGAUCCACUAGUCCUACCAACGCGCAGCCGUAAAAUCACAACGAAAAUGUUCAAAUUACGUGAACGGAACUGUAUAUUAAUGAUCGCCGUGCUGGUGCUAACGCCCUGUCUUAUCAUCUUAUUUGUUAUGGGUCCAGAACUAUCCACCGAACAGUCAUUGUCACAACAAUUGGCCGAAUGUCGUUUCCGUCUGCAGUACCUUGAGUCCAUGUAUCGAUCGCGGCAGGAAGAUGUGGCUAUACUUUCACAGUAUUUACAUCUAAGUAAUGCGACCAAAAUGACUUUGUCGUCUGUAGCGCCAUUGCCGCCGGUAAAUGAUAUGAACACGAGCACAUCAGCAAUGCCUGCGUCAGGUUUGCCCACUCUACUGCAAUCGUUGAGCCCAGAAGCAAGGCAAUUAAUUAAAAACGCGACACACUCCCACACAACACAGCUCUUCAGUUCAUCUGCUGUCAUUAGAUUGCCGACGUCCUACAACUUUCUUCCACAUUUGCUUGAUGAUGCAACAUCACUGCGUCCGGCUUAUAUACGUACGAAGGGUCGAACAGAUGUUAGCAUUGUAUUAGGCAUACCGACGGUGAGGCGUGAGAAGCAGACGUAUUUGGUGAGCACAUUGCAGAACCUCAUUGAAAACAUGAAUGAAGAGGAGCAAAAUGAGACGUUGAUUAUUGUGUUCAUUGGCGAAUCAGAGGAGGAAGUUGUGCAUGCAAUCGCCAAACAAGUCGAGUUGAACUUCGAAGCGUUUGUGGAUUGUGGCCUCAUUGAUAUUAUAGCACCAUCGCCGUCGUAUUAUCCAAAUUUCGACUCAUUGCGUAUAACAUUACAGGACUCUUUGGAGCGUGUGAAAUGGCGUAGUAAGCAAAAUUUGGACUUUGCGUACUUGAUGUCCUACGCACAAUCCAAAGGCACAUUCUACGUCCAAUUGGAAGACGAUAUAUUAGCCAAAUCACAUUUUAUUACCGCCAUGAAAAAGUAUGCUAUAACCAAGAGCGCUCUAACAAAACCCGACCAGCCUUCGUGGUUUUUGCUCGACUUUUGUCAAUUGGGUUUCAUUGGUAAAAUGUUUAAAUCGGCCGAAUUGCCAUAUCUAAUUACAUAUUUCCAAAUGUUCUAUAAUGAUAAACCAGUCGAUUGGUUGCUACACUAUUUUAUCGAGUCAAAAGUAUGUCGCUCUGACAAAGAUCAAAAGCACUGCAAUUUGGAACGAGCCAAAUAUUGGCUGCACUAUCGGCCAUCACUAUUCCAACACAUCGGCACUAGUUCUUCACUCAAGGGAAAAGUGCAAAAAUUGAAGGAUAAACAAUUUGGCUCCAAAGUACCAGCAUUUCAUCCGCACAUGCAUAAUCCACCAGCAAAGGUUCGAUCGAAUAUUGUCGCCUACAAAAACUAUUUGCUAAAGCGCGCAUAUCGUGGUGAAACAUACUUUUGGGGUUUACUGCCUCAACCUGGUGAUUUGGUGAGCUUCAUAUUUGAAAAGCCAACACUACUACGACGUUAUCUCUUUCGUAGCGGUAAUAGUGAACAUCCAUCGGAUCGAUUCUACAACACUACCGUUGAAGUGUUACCUGCCGAUACUUUAAGCGAAAAUUCAUCCGUAUGGAGUGUGUACAAUUCUACAACGGAUGAAUUUCUCAUAGUGGGUGCAUUCGAUGGUUUCGGUGUCGCAGAGGGAGCAAUCGAUGCAAGAAUUGGCGCCAUCAAAGAGAUACGUUUACAUGUACAUGGUGACAGCGAGAAUUGGGCGCUUUUGAGUGAAAUUGAUUUCGAAACGAGCAAUGGUGCGGGCAGCGGUGCCGAUAAGUCUUUCACGACCAGCUGAUUGUUACAACAUCGGAGCUAUACCAUUGCGGGAAAUAUAAAAACGAAUCCGAGCUAAAAGGGGUCAUUGAAAAAAACUUGUCGAAGAUAGGCUUACAUCAACGAACUUCCACCAAGCGUUGGUAUGUAGAAAAACUGACAAACGAAACGAAAUGAAAAAAAAAGAAAAUAUUGCUUGUUGCACUGAUGGUAUAACCAAACUGAAUUCAGAAUUAAUUUAUGCAUAGCGACAUGCAUAAAUAGCUUAACGAAAAAAAUAUUUGUGACCAAAUAAAAUUGAACAUAAAGUAUGUUGAUUAAUUAAUGGGUAAAAUUUUACAGCAACUAUUGUAAAACACAUAGUUUACAUAAUUAUGGCAUCCUCUUUUAUUGUGCGAAAUGUGUUGUUUCUCUGUUGUUUAUUAUUAAUUUGAUAUUAAUAUACCUAGUUGCUAAGCCGGAACGAUUUCGUGAUAUUUAUAAACCCUAUACAAAUUAGUUGUUUACUAUAUUCUAUCUCGAAUAUUUUUCCUUCUUUUUACAACCAAAUUGAACUCGAAAUUUUUUGUUUUUAGAUUCAUAGAAACGAACUAGACACAUAUAAUUAAUCUUUGGGAAAACUUUUCAUACAUAAUUAUAUGUACAUACCUAUAUAUUCGAGUAUAUGCAUUUUCAUCAUAUUUUAUCGUAAAUUCUCUAGCCAUAAGAAAAGGUAAUUGUGGAUCUGUGCCUAUGGGGUAUUUCCAAAAAUGCAUCAAGCGAAGUGUAUUUGAGUUCAUUAUAUAAUUGGCUAUACCCUGCAUUUCCAUUAAAUCACAUUUGCCGAAAUCGAAAUCAGUUCAAGACCUUGAUUUCGAUGCUAAGAAGUUUUUUGAUUUCGAGAGUGCUUGUUUCCAUGCUAAAAGUUCAAAAAGUUGUUUUUCUUUUCAAACCGGAGUAGAGGCAAGCUUGAAGUGGAAACCAACUUUUUUCUGUUGAAUUAUCGUAACUCUCUAAGUUGAAUUUAUAUAGGUACAUACAUACGUAUAUGUCACCGUACUUCCUUUGCUUUAAUGCGUAAAGAUGUGAAAAUAUUUUGGAUUCUGUUGAGAUUUUUUACUUAAAAUUAAAAAAAAAAUUAAAAAACACUUAAAUGUAAGACCUUAAUGUACAGUAAAAAUAUAUUCAUAUUGUCAAAUAGAUAAAAGUUUAGACUUUAAAGCUUCGUGGAAAUCAUUAGAAGGUCCAUAUUUUGCAAGUCCGUGUUCGAAUUUUGACACAUAUAGCUUGUAAUCUAAAUAUCAUUGAAAAUGUUAGUAAAACAAUUGGAUAUAAGUGGUAAAAAGAAUAUAACAAUAAAACAAACUUUUCUUUUGCAAAGUAUUCGUAACACAACUCUUUUUAUAGAAAAUAUUCAAGUAUAUAUGUAUAAAAUAACCGUGUGAACUCAUUUCUAAAACCAUUCUGAAUUAAUUGUGCAUAACUAGUUGGUACAAUUGAUUUAAAAAUAUUUCAUUUAAACAUACUCGUAUGUAAAAACAUUUAAUAUAAUUAGACAAUUUUAGAAGAAAGGAAUAUAAAUAUAACAUAUAAAUUAAGAAGUUUCUAGCAUUGAUUUUAUAUUGUGAAAUAAAAUCCAGCUUCUGUAUAAAUUAUAUUAAAUAGAAUUAUAUGUACUACUUUGGUAUUAUUUUCUGCUUAGAGUUUAAGAACGUAAUUUUUUGUAACAGAACUAAUAAAUUACUCAUUAAAAAAUUUGUAAAGUGCGCGUAAAUUGCACUCUCUUCAAGAGUGUAGAUAUUAAAUGCAAAGUAUAAUGUUUGCUUCGGUUAAACCAUAUGCAUUAACUUUCUAAAUAAAUUAGCACCGCGUUUACUAUUUUCAAGGUCACAUAUAGUGUUACAGCCUAAAAAAUGUCGAAAAUUAAAAAAAAAACUUCUGUAUCGAUAUCGUGAAAUUAAUUUAGUCAAAUUAAAUAUUUUUUUAACUAUACGAGAUCUCUGAUGGCGCUAUACCAAAGGUCCUCCACUCCUGAAUACGACUAUAUUUUGGCCCGCCAAAAUUAAAUUUAUUUGAUCAGAUCAAAAAACGGAUAGAUCAUUGUAUGUAGAGUUAUAUACAGAAGAGCCAAAAAAAAUUAUGAUCAUGGAUCAUUUGUCUUCGAGUAAACUGAUCAAGCUGAAUGAACUGAGCGGUUACACUUUAAAUGGUUGUAACUCAAAAACUCUUUGAGAUAUCGAUUUACAUUUUAGUACGUUAUUUUUAAAGGUAUAAAUUAUCGAAAUAUGGAAUCUCUAAAAAAUCAAUUUUUUUUUUUUAAUUUCCCACUAGGUGUGCCCCUUAAGAAGGAAUCACCAUUAACCAAAUUAAAUAUAAUCAUAUGAAUAUUUAAUCAAUUUAAGAAUUUGUAUAUAACACUUAGUCACCUUUGAAAUACAUUAAAUUGAUUGUACGCUUUA